GCAAACUCCAUACCAGACAUGCCGGCGGCAGUUUAAAUACGGCCAUGUGGCCAUCACGGUUCUCGAGUCGACUCUGCCCUCGAAAGCCUCACUAACAACCUGCUGAUCAUCACGCCUGCCCGAGGCACCGUCAGCAACCACCUUACACCUCGACCCUCACAUACACCCAACACCAAACCCCAAACCAAAAAGGGAAAAGCAACCACCCACCCGCCCACCAGCAAGAUGCGCCCCACCCUCCUCCUCGCCCUCGCCGGGCUCUCCCACCUCGCCCGCGCCGCCAUCAACUGGGACGUGUACGAGUACGGCGUGGUACCCACCUUCCAGUGGUCGCGGUCCUUCCCCGACGACGGCACCGACCCGGGCGGCUUCCAGGUUCUGUGCCGGCACGCGGCGACGUUUGCCGCGCGCAUGUACAAGCUCAAAGACCUGGGCGAGGCGCCCCCCUCGGGGCUGGCGCCCUGGCGCGGCGGGAUCGAGAAGUUCUUGCGGCAGAGGGAGUAUGUGGGCAGUUGGGACGGGGUGGAUCAUAAGGGCCUGGAGAGGGAGCUGGUGGUGAUGGAGUGGGGGGAUGUGCCGGAGGGGGUGAGGGCGUGGAUUGAGGAGCAGCAGAGGGAUGAGAGCGAGGCGAAUGAGAAGAGGUGGCUGUUUGCGGUGUUUGAUAAGCCAAAGGCGGAGGGGGAGGGCGAGAAUGGAGGGCGGGAGGGGGGGAAAGUGCCCGAGGCGGCGGGCGCGGGUGGAGGUAAGAUUGUGGUGUUCCCGGCGGGGGCUAUCUACGAGAUUCUACCACUGUGGGUGGCGAAGGGGAGCGGUUGUGAACGCGACCUCAACAACCUGGCCAAGUAUAAGCCCCAGGCUGGCGAGGACCACACAGUGCUCGCGUGGCCUGUCGAUCAUACCAAGCCCCAGCGAGACAUUGGCAAGCGCGACAUCACGUUCAAGAUCGAGGCCCUGUCAGUCGUAGAGACGGACGAAGGAAAAAGGGCGCGGCAAAUGUGGGAGAAGAUGCACAGGACCAUCAAGCGAAACGAGCGGCGGCAGCAGCGAGAAGAGCGUGAGAAAGCCAAGAAGGACAUCAAAAAGGAAUGGGUGAGGGAUGAGCUAUAGCCGAGGGGAUCCCUAGUUGCGUGUUGAUUAUUAGAUGUUCUAUAUCCAAUC